UGUGUGUGUGUGCAUUGCAGAUUCGGUAAUAUAACCUUUUUUUGAUCAAAGUUGACCAAAGUUAAAUUUCGAUCUGUGUAAUACAAUGUCAACAUUAAUAUUAAGAUCUAUUGCGUCAUUAAAUAAAAGUACUCAUAAUGUCUUUACAAAGUUUAGAUACAUGAAUACGUCAAAUGUGUUAAAUCAACAGUCUAUUUUACCUCAAAAACCUACAAAAAUAAAAAAAAAAUCGCCAAUUACAUGGAAAAGCUUGACAAUCUCUGGUAUUAUUGGUGCUGGUCUUGUGUUAUAUAUGCAUCACCUUAGAACAGAAAAAGAUAAGAUUAUAGCAAAAGAAAGAAGGCGACAGUUAGGCAAAGCUAAGAUCGGCGGCAAAUUCGAGUUGGUGAAUACGGAGGGAAAGCCAGUGAAAUCUGAUGAUUUCUUAGGGCAAUGGGUGUUGAUAUAUUUUGGAUUUACGCAUUGUCCAGAUGUUUGCCCCGAUGAAAUUGAAAAGAUGACAAACGUAGUAAACACUCUUGAAAAAGAACACAACUUUAAGAUACAACCGAUUUUCAUAUCAGUGGAUCCAGAGAGAGAUACACCCACUGUUGUCAGCAAGUAUCUGAAAGAAUUUUCUGACAAGAUCAUUGGUCUUACUGGCAGUAUUGAACAAGUUGGAAAAGCGUGCAAGGCAUACAGAGUUUAUUAUAGUAAUGGACCUAAAGAUCAAGAUGAGGAUUAUAUUGUGGAUCACACAAUCAUUAUAUACUUGAUAGAUCCAGAGGGCUUGUUUGUGGAUUACUAUGGGCAAACUCAUGAUGUAGAAAAGAUCGUGACUAGUAUUGUUAUCAACAAGCUGAAAUAUGAUCAAUUAAAGGAUGAGACUUCUUCCUGGUUUCCGUCAUUGCCGAUCAAGGGAGUGUUAUAAACAUUGCAACAUUCCUAUGUAUUCCUAUGUAUAGAUAAUUUGUAAGUCAGUGUG